AUGAUCAUCUUUUGUAUCUUCCAGAUCCCUGUCGCUGUCGCUCAAAACCUGCAAACAAUCUUUAUCUGUAGAUUCCUCGGUGGAGUUGCUGGUGCCGCUCCUCUGGCAAUCCUCGGAGGCAUGUUUGUUGACUUCAUGGAGCCCAUCAACCGUGGUGUAGCCACAAGUGUCUUUGCUGGAGCGGUUUUUGCCGGACCUGUAGCCGGCCCUGUCGCUGGCUCUUUCAUCACCUACAGCUAUCUUGGAUGGAGAUGGACUGCCUGGAUUACUCUUAUCAUGUCCGCUUUCUUCACCAUCGUUGCUUACCUGUUGACACCAGAGACUUACGAGCCUGUCUUGCUUGCGUGGAAGGCUGAGAGACUUCGUCACGAGACCAAGGAUUGGGCUUUGCACUCCAAGAGCGAGGAAGAUCCUCUCAACUACGAUACCAUUGUCAACAAGUACCUCAUGAAGCCGCUCCUUAUGAUCGUCAAAGAGCCCAUCCUCAUCAUUCUGACAAUUUACAUGAGUCUCGUCUAUGGUAUUUUAUACUUGACUUUCGAAGCCUAUCCCAUCAGUUUCGAGUUGGAUCGCGGCUGGUCUCCUGGUCUUGCCUCCCUACCAUUUAUCGCAAUCUUCAUCGGUGUUGUCCUCGCAUGCGCCACUAUCGGAGCCUUCAGCAAGACGUGGUAUGCCAAACGCCUUAUUGAAUCUGGCAAACUCAACCCUGAAGACAGACUCCCACCCAUGAUCGCCGGUUCCAUUAUUCUGCCCAUUGGAUUAUUCUGGUUUGCAUGGACGUCGCACCCAGGCACUCAUUGGGCUCCUCAAGUCGUUUCCGGCAUCUUCAUCGGCCUGGGCAUCAUUCUGAUCUUCAUGAGCGGUGUCACGUACAUGGUUGAUGUCUACUUGCUCAAUGCCAACAGCGCCAUCGCGAUCAACACAUUCAUCAGAUCUGCGGUAGCUGCCGGGUUCCCCAUGUUUGCGACCUACAUGUAUGAAGGGCUCGGCGUCGAUUGGGCGACUUCACUGCUUGCAUUUGUGUGUAUUGCACUUAUUCCUUUCCCUCUUAUCUUCUGGUUCUACGGCAAGAAGAUCAGAAGCUGGAGCAAGUUUGCUUUCAACCUUGGUUAA